AUGCCGGCAACUACCGCCGCCGCCGCCGCCGCCACCGCCGCUAACGGCGGCGACGGCGGCGACGGUAGAGGGCUGCUGAUGAGGGCGGGCGAAGCCGUUGUUCGAGCCGCCGGGACGAUGGCUUCGGCGGGGCUUCACGUUCGAGGCCCGGAGUUUGCCGCCCUGCAGGCGGCCGCCUUGAGCGCUGUCGGAGGGCUUCUGCCUGGCCUAGCGGCAGGAGGCGACGGGGACAGCAACGCCACGGCUAUAGCGGAGGCCGUCGUUGCCCUGGUACGGAGCUGCUGGGAGAGCGCCAGCGAGGGGGACGGGGACGGCAGGGAGGUCGUCCCCGUGUCGGCGGGAAGGCUGCUGCUCUCGUUGAACACCGUGCUGCCCCCGUCAUCGCUGGAGGCGAGCCAGGCCGUCGCCACUUUGCUCAAGCAAUCCAGCCAGGUGGCGGCUACGCUGCCGGUGGCCGCGCGCGUGCUGCUGUACUCCAGCCUGUCGGCCUUCCUCAUGCCUCCCCGGCUCCUCCACGGCGACAUGGGAAAGGUGAACGACCUCGAGGGGAGAUCCCGAGCGUACUCGGAGCUGGUGGCGCCGGUCCUAGGACCGUUUUCGGCCGCCCUUGCAGGUUGGCAGGGCUGGACGGGACCGCCCCCUUGGCCCGGGUUUUCCGACGAAGGCGUUUCGAGGGAGCUGUCGUGCAGCUGCCGCGUCCUCUCCCGCCUGUGCAGGACCUUCGUGUCCACGCCCGCCAAGGCGAGAAGGGUGCUAUUUCAGGCCGUUAGCCCCGCCCUGUCUCCCAUCGUGACCCUCGUCCCUCCCCUCCUCGAGCAAGCGUUAGCCGGAGGCUCGAAGGAGGCGGGAUCGGCCGCGCAGGGGUUGCUGAGGCUGCAGGUGUCGGUGGUGGAGUGCCUCGGCAAAGAGGCCGGACCCACGUUCGCUUCUUCGGCGGUGGGGUCCCUCUCCGCGGCCGGAGUGGGCGGCAGCGGCAACGGCAACGACAACGGCAACGGCAACGGUGGCGCUCAGCAUGGGGCCGCCGCCGGGCCGCCGUGGCUAUCGUCUGGGUCGUUCCGUCUGCUGGCGUCGGUGCUCAAGGCGAGGAACAAGGAGACCAGGGCGCUGGUGCCGCAGGCGUGCGAGCUGGCGCUGGGGAGAUUGCACGCGCUAGGGCGGUUGACGUCGAUGGACCAGGGGGCAUCGGGGUGGGGCGAGCGGUGGCUGGAGGGCCCGGUUGUGGACACGCUUCCGGACUUUCUGGACCUCUCAAAGGAGCUCCUCGUGACGCAGCUGCACUGUUUCCAGCCGUCUACGUCAGCCACGGGGGUGCCUGGGACUUCAUUGGCCAGCGCCCUGUCCGCGCGCGCGUCGUUAAGCGGAGGCGGCGGCGGUGGCGGCGGCGGCGGCGGGGCGGGGGGUGGCUUCGCGUCAGAAGCGAUGGCGACCCACUUCUCCGGCCUCAUGACCGUGUUCCGGCUGCUGCUGUCCCUCCCGACACCGCCGGCCUCCUCGCCGCUGCCCGGCGGUACCACCGGCGGUAGCGGUGGCGGUGGGCAUUCGGUGCCGCCGGACCUGGUGCGGAGGGGACUGUCGGUGCUAGAGGCGUCCCACCGGACGGGGGGACUGUUCCGCUUUCCGCCGUUCGCCGCGACGUGGCUGCAGCCGCUGCUGACCGACGCGCUGUGGGGGCUGGCGGAAGGGGCGCAUCCGCUGACACAUGAAGAGGUCCACCGCCUCGUCUUCGACCUUGCGGAGGUUGACCACCGGGCAUUUGCCACCGAGUUCCUGCCGCACUUUCUCGGCACUCACUACUCGUGGCUGGGUGCAGAACAGAAGGAGGCUUUGUUGGCCCCGUGGAGGGCGGGGACGCACCUGGACAUGCCCACGUUUUCGUCGUUCCUAGAGGCCUUGGUUUCGGAUUUGUCGUUCUUCCGCGCGCAAGCGAACGCGGCGUGAUGAUUGUUUUGUGUUGACGCUUACAUCAUGUUUGUGGGGUUGUGCGUUGCUUGUCGAG